AUGAAUUUCGAUGAUAGUUCGAGUAGUGGCUACGGUAUGGGAGAGACGAUUUACGGCACCCACGAAGACUCCCAUGUAGUGAUGUCAGAGAAGGUGCAAACAUUAGCUGGAAGUAUUUAUCAGGAAUUCGAGCGUAUGAUAGCGAGAUAUGACGAAGAUGUGGUGAAGACUUUGAUGCCAUUGCUGGUUAAUGUUUUGGAAUGUUUGGAUUCCGCGUACCAAACUAACCAGGAGCAUGAAGUGGAACUAGAACUAUUACGUGAAGACAAUGAGCAACUUGUUACGCAGUAUGAGCGCGAAAAGGCAGCGAGGAAGCACGCGGAACAGAAGUUGCUGGAAGCAGAAGAUCACUAUGAAGGGGAAAGAAAAGAUCUGACAGGAAGACUAGAAGCUUUGGACAGCAUUGUGCGGAUGCUUGAACUAAAGCACAAGAACUCCCUCGAUCAUGCAAGCCGUUUGGAGGAACGUGAGAAUGAGUUAAAGAAGGAAUAUGCGAAGUUGCACGAACGCUACACGGAGCUGUUCAAGACUCACAUGGAUUAUAUGGAACGCACUAAGCUACUUCUGAGCACGGCUAGCGAUCGCAGUGAAGUUCGUGGUAGGCUUGGCCUAAACCCUGUUGGGAGAUCUAGUGGUCCCAUAUCAUUUGGUUUCGCCUCACUGGAGAGUUCUGUCAAUGUAGUAGAGCAGACUGAAAGUAUACCAGGAAGCCCAGUGAGCCUCUCAUCAUCUCCGUCAUCACCACCUAUUGGUUCUGAAUUAGCAGCUGUGAGGACAGUGGAGAGGGCCCACCAAACAGAUCCGAUUAAGCAACAGAGUCAGGCUACAUCGCCGGUCGCACCUCCAUCCACAAAUACAGGAAAAUCUCAGACAAAAAGUGAGAAACGUAGCGGGAACACUCUGUAUCAAGAACUCGCUUUUCAUGACACCGAUGCGAAUAUUGUUGAAGGGGAUGACGGAGACGUACCGAUUACGGGCAGCUGGGUACAUCCGGGUGAAUAUGCGUCGUCAGUUAACGAUAACUAUUUUGGUAUGGGCAAAGAAGUCGAGAAUCUUAUUUUGGAGAACAACGAACUGCUCGCGACCAAGAACGCGUUGAACGUUGUGAAAGAUGAUUUAAUCGUGAAAGUUGACGAGCUCACUGGCGAGCAAGAGAUAUUGAGGGAGGAGGUCUCAAAUCUUAGUGCUGCGAGGGAGAAACUAAGGGAACGGGUCACUCAACUCGAGGAUGAAUUGAGACAUUUGAAGGAGACUAUGAGUUCGAACGCUGGCGGUGACAACGAAGAUGAAGCAGAUGUACCUAUGGCGCAGCGGAAGAAGUUUACUCGUGUUGAAAUGGCAAGAGUACUAAUGGAACGUAACCAAUACAAGGAGCGAUUCAUGGAGCUUCAAGACGCCGUCCGUUGGACGGAGAUGGUACGCGCCAGCCGCGUAGAGUCGACCAUGGACAAGAAGAGCAAGCAGAGCAUCUGGACGUUCUUCAGUAAACUUUUUAGCACGUCAGAUCGUCCGCAGCGCCCUUUAUCAACGCCGUAUUUAAAAGCAGUAGCGGCCCCGCAGCCACCGAUGCGGCAUUCGAGGACACAAGCUGACUUCUUAGAGACACAGCUGUCAGACCAUCACCACAGGCGACAGGAGAGGACGGAACAGUUUAGACAGGUUCGAGCACAUGUGCGCAAGGAAGAUGGUCGUACCCAAGCGUACGGAUGGAGUUUGCCCGGAAAAAGUGGCCAGGGGCAAAAAGGUCCCAAUGUGUCGCUGUCGUCGGGGGGCGUCCCGGUACCCGUGCCAGUGUUUUGCAGACCCAUAGCUGAGUCGGAACCUCGCAUGUCGCUUUUGUGCGCUGCAGCAGUCAACCUGUCUGGAGGGAAAAGACUGGAUGCUAAAAGCAUUAAUGACAACGCUAUGUGUUUAGCAUACGAAAUGAGCAAGGCGCAAACAGCUGGGUCGCCCGAAGUCGAACAAAUCGCUUGCGAGUUACAGUCAACGCAGUUGUACAGCAGUUUCGAAAAUAAUCUUUCUUCGCUCGUUUGGAUAUGCUCCAGUACGCAAAACAAAGGAAUUGUUAUGAUAAUCGACGCCAACAAACCAGCUGACGUGAUAGAAUCUUUCCCAGUCAGUGACAAGCACAUUCUGUGCAUAGCUUCUGUUCCUGGAGCGGUAGAGGAAGAUUUCCUCGAGUAUGAAGAACGGGUGACAGAUAGCGAGACAAAGAGACAUUCUGGAUCGCUGUUCUGUGGCGUAAGUAAAAGUGAUUCGACCGAGAGUCAAAAUAACGGGCUAGCGAUAGUAGCAAAUAGUAAUAGCUCCAGUGACACCGAUGGGAAGGAUAUCAUUGUCGGAAGCACGCGAUUGGUGCCAGCAACUAUCCUCACACCUCCAAGUACCCCGGUGAAAGAGUCUUCUUCCUCGAUAAACGACCACACUCCAAAAGAGUUAGCCAUAGAGAACAUCGAAGAUGUAGAUGGUACCCUCUCAGAAAGCCCACCACUUAGCUCAACCCCUAUUAACAAUACAGAAAGACGCACUUCUCCAGAGCCAGGUGUUGAUGCGUUCGCGCAAGAGCAGUCGGACGCGCGAAAAGGAGACGAACGGGCGACCACCGUUGGGCCUACCAUGUGGUUAGGCACGAAGAGCGGCAACCUUUACGUACACUCCGCGUUGAAGGAUUAUAGCAAGUGCUUAGCGAGGGUGAAACUGAAUGACGCAAUCCUCUCAAUAGUUGCAUGCUGGUCACGAUGUAUAGUCGCCCUGGCCGAUGGCACUGUGGCUAUUUUCUCUAGACUCGCGGAUGGGCAGUGGGACUUCUCACAGUACUGUCUUAUGAUACUCGGUGAUCCGAAGUGUUCAGUUCGAUGCCUGAGCGCUGUCGGAAGUGGUACGGUGUGGUGCGGGUACCGGAACAAGGUGCACGUGAUAGAACCGCGAGCUGGGGCGCUGCUUCAUACCCUUGAAGCACAUCCGCGACAAGAGAGUCAGCUGAGGCAGAUGUGUGCUGAUGGGGAUGGUGUCUGGGUGACGAUCAAGAUGGACUCAACGCUCCGCCUCUAUCACGCACACACGUACCAACAUUUAAAAGACGUGGACAUCGAGCCGUACGUCAGCAAAAUGCUCGGCACCGGCAAGCUGGGUUUCUCCCUCGUGAGAAUUACAGCCCUUCUCAUCAGCUCUGGCCGGCUGUGGAUCGGUACCAGUAAUGGUGUGGUGAUAUCCGUACCCCUGUCCGAAUCUCAAACGGAUCCCAAUAGUCCAGGCGGUGUUAUACCUCGGUGUUCCAUGGCUCAUGCCCAGUUGAGCUUUCACGGUCAUCGCGAUGCAGUCACCUUCUUCGUGGCGGUGCCAAGUUCGAGCUCGCCACGGAGCCCCGAAUCGCCAGAACAGCCCACUACACCACCGGGGCCUGCCCCCCCACCGACUCUCGUUAUAUCUGGCGGUGAGGGGUACAUCGAUUUUAGAAUAGCUGAUUCAGAAAUGGAAGACAGCGUGGUUGUAGCUGAGGACGGGUCUUCGAGUGGCCAUAGUUCUUUCGUCGAACGUGCCACCAAGAGCCACUUGAUCGUGUGGCAAGUGGCGUCCGCCUAA